AUGUGUACCUGUGUCAGACAUUCUAGCCACCAAGCUUCUUUGUAUUCUGCAGGAACUGCCAUCAGACCUAUUGCUUUGAGAGCUGUGACCGCCAUUGCCCGUGCUUUGCCUGGGUUUCCUAUUUUGGCCACAGGUGGAAUUGACUCAGCCGAAAGUGGACUUCAGUUUCUUCAUAGUGGUGCUUCAGUUCUCCAGGUAUGCAGCGCUAUUCAAAAUCAGGACUUCACUGUGAUUGAAGAUUACUGCACUGGCCUCAAAGCCUUGCUUUAUCUGAAGAGCAUUGAAGAGUUAGCAGACUGGGAUGGGCAGAGUCCAGCCAUUAUGAGUCAUCAGAAAGGGAAACCAGUUCCACGUAUUGCUGAGCUCACAGGACAG